UAAGGUGGCUGCGUCCAAUCCUGUGUCGCUCAUGUUUAUUGUUUGAUCGUGGAGUUAAUGUUGUGUGUAAAAUGCCAAAGGCAACUCUAAAGCAACCUAAAAUUGUUUAUCCUAGUGGAGUGAAGGAAAUCAAUAAUGAUCUUAGCACUGAUGACUUAGUGCGAAGACUAAAGGAAUGUGCUCAAUCAUUCCAGAAUAUGAGUCAAGAAGAUGAUAAUUCUGCAUACAUUCCACUUGCUAUGCAUUUAGCCUCAGAAAAUUUUUUAGAACAUCCUAGUAAGGAUGUGCGACUGCUCAUAGCUUGUUGCAUAGCUGAUGUGUUCAGAGUAUUUGCCCCUGAUGCUCCUUAUAAAGAUCCUGAACAACUGAAAGCAAUUUUUUAUUUUUUUAUUGAACAACUUCAAGGUUUAGAAGACCCCAAGGAUACAAUUUUCAAACGUUAUUUUUAUUUGCUGGAGAAUCUUGCAUGGGUUAAAACCUUCAACAUUUGUAUAGAAUUAGAGGAAAACCAACAGAUAUUUACAAAGUUAUUUCAUUUAAUAUUUAGUAUUGUAAAUGAUAAUCAUUCAACUAAAGUGAAGAAUUUUAUGUUGGAUAUGAUGUGUCCUUUAAUCCUAGAAGCUGAUACUAUAUCACAACCAAUGUUGGAUAUAAUAUUAGAUCAAAUUGUGGAACCUAAAAAGAUAAAAGUGGAGCUUGUUGAAGAAACUGGAGCCAUAAAAGAAGAUGUAGAUAUGGCAGAAGUGGCAUCUGAAAAAUCAAAGGAUAAAGAAAUGAAGGAAGUAGCUGGUGAAGUGUCUGAGAAAGAUCAAGAAAUGAGGAAUGAAAUAUCUCGAGACUGA